AUGGCCGAUCUGCUGAAAACCGCUCAGCUCUUCCGCAACGAUCCCAAAGGCCCGAAACAAGUGGCUUCAGAGGAACUGCGUGGAAAAGUUGUUGGCCUUUUCUUCGCCGCGAAAUGGAACCCCACUUGUGUCGACUUCACCGACUGGCUGAAGCAUUUCUAUCAGCUGGCAAACAAGGACAAACACCAGUUUGAGGUAAGUGGGGAGAUCAAGCGAUCUGGCUAGUGUAAUACAAAUUUUUUGUUGUGGUAAAAAUUUUUCAUGGACCUGAAUAGAGGCUGUUCUUAACGUUCGUGGGUUGGAGUGGGUUUGAGAGAGUUAUCCACGAUACUAAUUCAUUUUACAGGGUGUUCAGAGAAUUAUGGAAAAAACUAUUCAUUAAUAACUUUGCGCUCGGUGGUCCAAUCCGAAAAAUUUUUUUUGCAUUUUACAGAAAAACCUUGGAGUUUUUUGAAUCUAAAAAAAUUUUUUUUCUUUUAUCGGCGAAGACUUCCGUAAUCCGCGUUGAAUUCGGUGGAGUGUUUUUUUCACAAAAUAAGGCUGUAAAUCGUUGUAUUUGUAAAGAAAAUGGGCGGAAAAGGAUCCAGAAGAUACAAUAUGACCUUUCUUUCAAAUUUCUGUGCUUCGGCGGAGACAUUUUUUAUCCUCGGCGGACGAUUUUUCUUCGACUCCGGAUAGUCAAAAUUGGCUGAAACCAAAGCGUAUGGUAUUCCUAGUGGCAUGGCGCCUAAAAACGACUUAUUACGUCUUCAGGAGGCUGGCAGAUGAAAAAAAGGCGAGUCGGCGGAGAAAUCGGCGGAGAAAAAAGUUAACCCAUUUAAGAAAUUAUGAUGAAAAAACUAAAAUUGUAAGUCUUAUACGGCCCUGAUCAACCAAAAAUAUGACUCUUCUUAUUAGCGGAUGCUCGGCGGAUAAAUUUGCAUAAUUUCUGAAAUACGUUCAUUUUCUCUUCGCCGAUUUCUCCGCCGACUCGCCUUUUUUUCAUCUGCCAGCCUCCUGAAGACGUAAUAAGUCGUUUUUAGGCGCCAUGCCACUAGGAAUACCAUACGCUUUGGUUUCAGCCAAUUUUGACUAUCCGGAGUUGAAGAAAAAUCGACCGCCGAGAAUAAAAAAUGUCUCCGCCGAAGCACAGAAAUUUGAAAGGAAUGUCGUAUUGUAUCUUUUGUAUCCUUUUCCGUCCAUUUUCUUUACAAAUACAACGAUUUACCGCCUUAUUUUGUGAAAAAACACUCCAACGAAUUCAACGCGGAUUACGGAAGUCUCCGCCGAUAAAAGAAAAAAAAAUUUUUUCAGAUUCUAAAAACUCCAAGGUUUUUCUGUAAAAUGCAAAAAAAAUUUUUCGGAUUGGACCACCGAGCGCAAAGUUAUUAAUGAAUAGUUUUUUCCAUAAUUCUCUGAACACCCUGUAGAAUAGAAAAAAAAACAACUUACAAAAAUGAUGACCCAAAAUUUCGAAAAUGCAAUGACCCGUAUUUUGCCUUAAAAUUCUUUUGUGAAUUAUCUCUCAAAUCAUUUUUCAGAUCUUUUUUUACCUCUAGUGCCCAAAAGCCUAACAUAAUUGCAGCAAUAGAACCUUUAUCGACCACCUUUUCCUUAUCCAUGAUGACUCUAAUCCCAAGGCUUUUCAGAUCGUCUUCAUCUCUCGGGAUCACAGUGAGAAAGACAUGAAAGAGUACCUGGGCAAGCACGGAACCUGGCUGUACACUCCAUAUGGCUGCAAGACUGUCAACAGUCUGUUCAAUCGCUACACUUUGAAGCAAAUCCCUCAGCUGAUGAUUGUCCAAAAAGGCGGUACCCCGGUGGUGGAUGACGCCAUCGACGUGAUCAAUGUAAGUUUAGACAGUCUAUGAUAUGUAUAGCACACGUUUGGUGUCUUUCUCCCUGAUUCUAGCAACUUUUUUUAAAUUUUUGACCUAUUUUCGAGAUUACUACCAAGUGUAAUAUACAUUUUUUGAUUUUUUAGGACCCCAAAGUCGAUGCACCUGGUUUGGUGGCUAAAUGGAAGAAUCUGACCACCGAAUGA